AUGUCAUCAGAUGAGGAGAAAAGCACAAGUCCAGUUUUGCCAAAAGACUCUGUUCGAGGCAGUUCUGUUUCUUCAGAUAUUCAGAUUUUUUGCUGGAUGCUGUCUACUGACACUUUCUGUUGGUGCGAUGAAUAUGAAGAGCUGCUUCAUUAUGCUGCAGUAACUCCAAAGUUUGAACAGUGUGUCUCAAAGUGGUCAGAACCUGCUUCAGAACUAAGAGCAGGUGGCAGAUUUUCAAGUGUAACAGAUGAUGCCAUUCACCGUAAGAGUCCAGUCUUAAUAUCUGUGAAGGAGCCUUCUGAAGCCAAUAUGGAACGACUUUGCCCUGUUCUUUCAGAAGAGACUUCUUCACAAGGGUCCACAUGCGGUCCAAAAGAAAUCAAUGAAACCAUAGUGACUGAAUUAACUUUAUCCGAUGAAAAAGUAACUCAAAUAGAAAACAUACUUGAUCUCUGGAGUGGAAGUCUUAAGACAAAUGUUCUGACUGAAUUGAAAAAAUGGAAGCUUAGUUUGAUAGAACAUCACAAGCUUCAAAUGAGACAAGAAAAAGAGAAACAUGCUGCACAUGUGAGACAAUUAGGCAAUGAGAUGGAAAACCUGAAGGAGUUGCUACAUACUUAUGAAAUCUCUAUUGGCAGGAAAGAUGAGGUGAUUACUAACUUGACCCAAGCAUUAGAGAGGCAAAAGGAGAGAAUAGAGUUGAUGAGAAAGUUUACACUGUGGCGGAUUCAGCACGUUAAAGCCAAACAAGAGGAAUAUGCAAAUAGAAUAGCAGACAGACAAUUCCAGACAGCUUUGAUGAAGAAAGUAUGGGCAGCAUGGCGCUCUCUUAGUGAAGAAAAAUGGAAAGAGAAAGUGGCAAAAGCCUGUCAGUUAAGGGCAGAAGAUGUCUGUGUUCAGCUCACCAAUGAUUAUGAAGCCAAAAUUGCAGAGCUAACUGCUACUUUGGAACAGACAAAAGCUGAGAUUCUGCGACUGCAUGGUGAAAGAGAACAGUAUGAAGACACCAUGAAGAAAGCUUUUAUGCGUGGUGUAUGUGCAUUGAAUCUGGAAGCAAUGACCAUGUUUCAGGGCAAGGACAGUAGGACAGAUCCUGAUAUAGGAAGCAGGAGAAAUGAUAAUGGUACCACUGUUGCAGGAAGGCUACCUCCUUCACAAUAUAAUCCACCCUCACCACCACCUCCACCAGCAACUACUCUUCAGCUGGAAGACAUGUUUUCUGCCCACCUGGGUCAUGCAAGCACUUCUCAGACCAGGCUAGAUUCUGAUUCUCCAGUAAUCGUCACUAGCACAGCUGCAGGAUCUGGUGUGGCGUCAACUCAAAAACUGCCCGUGGCAAAAGUAAUAACAUCUGCUCAACAGAAAGCAGGAAGAACAAUCACUGCUCGAAUCAUGGGCCGAGCUGAUAUGGGACAAAAAGACAGAAUUUAUGGUAGUUUAGCAGUGAUGGGAGUUGCUCCACCCAUGAGUUCAAUCAUUGUUGAAAAACAUCAUCCAGUCACUCAGCAAACCAUAUCCCAAGCCACUGCUGCUAAAUAUCCUCGAACUGUGCUCCAUUCUUCUGGUUCUACUACUGUGAGACCUGCAGGACAAGCUGGGCGAAUGCUUCAGGGCCAAACUCAUGCCAGUGUUCAGUCAAUAAAAGUUGUUGACUGAGUGAAUAUCUUUCUCAC